AUGUGGCCCCUGUGGCUCUGCUGGGCGCUCCGGGGGCUGCUCCUGGCGAGCCCCGGGGCGGCGCUGACGGAGCGGCAGGUCCUGGGCAGCCUGCUGCAGCAGCUCGGGCUGCGCCGGGCGCCCGCGCUGGGCCGGGCGGAGGUGGCGGGCCUGGCCAUCCCGGCCCCGGUGAGGGCGCAGUACGUGGCCCUGCUGCGCCAGAGCCACGGGGACCGCUCGCGCGGGAAGCGGUUCAGCCAGCACUUCCGAGAGGUGGCGGGCCGGCUCCUGGUGUCCGAGGCGUCCUCGCUCGUGCUGGCGUUCGGCCUGGAGCAGCAGCUGCCGGCGCACCGCGAGCUGGUGCAGGCCGUGCUGCGGCUCUUCCAGCAGCCGGUGCCCCGGGCCGCGGGCCGCCGGCCGGAGCGCAGCGCCCGCGCGCAGGUCUCGGUGGAGUGGCUGCGCGUGCGCGACGACGGCUCCAAUCGCACCUGGCUCGUCGACUCCAGGCUGGUGUCCGUCCACGACAGCGGCUGGAAGGCCUUCGACGUGACGGAGGCCGUGACCUUCUGGCAGCAGCUGAGCCGGCCCCGGCCGCCGCUGCUGCUGCAGGUGUCGGUGCGCCGGGAGCCGCUGGGCCCCGGGGCCGCGGGCGCGCACCGCCUGGUCCGCUUCGGGGCGCCGGGCCCGGCGGGGGCCGCGCAGGCCGCGCCGCAGCUGGAGCUGCACACGCUGGACCUCAGGGACUACGGAGCGCAAGGCAAUUGCCAGCCCGAGGCGGAGGCGCGCGAGGCCGAGGGCGCCCGGUGCUGCCGCCGCGAGACCUACCUGGACCUGCAGGGGCUGCGGUGGGCCGAGAACUGGGUCCUGGAGCCGCCGGGGCUGCUGGUGUACGAGUGCGUGGGGCGCUGCCGGCAGCCCCCGGAGCCCCUGGCCCUGCGGUGGCCGUUCCUGGGCCCUCGGCAGUGCGUGGCCUCCGAGACGGCCGCCCUGCCCGUGAUCGUCAGCGCCCGCGAGGGCGGCCGCGCCCGGCCCCAGGUGGUGAGCCUGCCCGGCCUGCGGGUGCAGAGGUGCGGCUGCGCCUCCGACGGGGCGCCGGUGCCCCGCCGCCUGCAGCCCUAG